GGUGUGAGAGAAAGUGGAUUGAUACAAACAGACUCGACCGAAAUCGUUCUAUCCCAACAAUCCACAGUAAUAACUUCCGUUUCGAAAAUGAACAUAUUUCUACAAGUGACUGCCGUUUUGUCUUUACAGUUUGGAUUUGUGGUGGUGCAUGGACAGUCGUAUGUUCUCACGUCAUCCUGUGGGGGUGUAGUCACUGAGGGAAGCAGCUGUGUUUUAAAUUGUGAAACUGGUUCUGCCACUGAGACACAUAUUAUUUGGAAAAGAGGUGCAAGUGUUAUUUACGAGGUGGCACGAGCAACAUGUGAAACGCCAAAAUCAGCAUCAACUAUUCCAUUUGAUUACGUCUUCGACUGUCCUGGAACUAGCUUUACUCUCAGUAUCACAUCUGCAUCUGUGAUACGUGACAAAACUACCUGGACAUGUGAUGCAGCUUUUGGUGGAAAGGAUAGCUCUAUUAACUUGGAUGUCCCAGCUGUGCUGAACUGGAGCUCUGUGACCUUCUCUCCACAACUGACAUCUCUCCCGUCGUCCGUUACACCACAGAACAACAUCUCCGUCACUGUGACCACUCCAUGUGCUGCACCUGCCGCCGUCAUCACAUGGAGAUACCAACAGGUAGGAACCGGUGUGAGUGGCGUCCCUCCCAGCAGUACAUCUUCCACCCUGGGAUCAUGUCCAUCAGGUCAGGUCCAGACAACCGACACCCUGUCUCUACCAGGGAACACAGUCAGUCUGUCUAGCUACUGUUUUGUGUUUACAGGGUGUGAGUGGCGUCCCUCCCAGCAGUACAUCUUCCACCCAGGGAUCAUGUCCACCAGGUCAGGUCCAGACAACCAACACCCUGUCUCUACCAGGGAACACAGUCAGUCUCUACAACAGGCAGGUGUCUCUCACUGUCAGUGUGGAACAUGAUUCCUUUGAUCCUCCCACGUAUACCAAGUCCGUCACUUCAAACACCAUACAGUUCCCUGUCCCGGUCAGCUCUGUGACACUCACAAACAUCAAGUCUGAUAAUUGAAGAUUGGACAGGAAGUGGGUCAAACUCUAACCUUGACCUGCAUGACCUCAGCCAGUUUCCCCACUUCUACUGUCACCUGGGUGGCCUUGCCAGGAACGACACCUACAGUCAGCACAGAGACGACAUCUGGUGUCCUGGUGAAGACAACAAGCUCCGUCACAUUCACUGUCAGAAGAAGUGACCAGGACAGAAGCUUUCGCUGUCAAUCUGUAAACAUCAACGGUCAGACAUCCCCGCAGUCUAACAGAGCAACACUGGAGGUUUGAUGUAAGUAAACACAUUCUAACUGGGCCAUACUGGAGGUUUGGUGUAAGUAGACAUAGUGUAACAGAGCUACACUGGAAGUUUGGUGUAAGUAGACUCAGUCUAACGAAGCCACACUGGAGGUUUGGUGUAAAUAGACACAGUGUAACAGAACCACACUUGGGGGGGUUGGCGUAAGUAGACACAGCCUAACAGAGCCACACUGGAGGUUUGGUGUAUGUAGACACGAUGUAACAGAGCCAGACUUGAGGUUUGGUGUACGAAGACACAGUGUAACAGAGCCACACUGGAGGUUUGGUGGAAGUAGACACAGUGUAACAGAGCCACACUGGAGUUUAGGUGUAAGAGAGCUACAAGGAAUGUUUGAUGUGAGAAGACACAGAGUCACAGAGCCACACUAGAGAUUUGGUGUAGACAUUGUUUGGGCGUAUGAUGACUCAGUCCAAGAGAGAAACGCUGAACAUGAGAUGCCAUCUUAUAACAGAGCCAACUGCGGGUUUUGUUUAAGUAAUCAGGUAUCAAUCAAAUGUUUUGUAAGUAGCGUGUCAGGUAUGAAUGCCAUCUUCAACAGAGCCUCCAAUUUCUGGUGUCCCCCGCUGUGAUAUUGCUGGAAUAUUGCUAAAAGCACCGUUAAACCCAACUCACUCCCUCACUCAACAGAGCCUCAC